CACAACUACAAACAUCAUCACUAACCAUUCCCUGAAAUUUUCAGUUUACAAAACAUUUCUAUAGAAUUGUGCAAUGGCUGCCUCAACAAUGGCUCUCUCUUCUCCGUCAUUGGCAGGGCAAGCAAUAAAGCAUGCCCGAUCCACCCCCGACCUUGGAAGUGGAAGGCUCACAAUGAGGAAAGCAGUCACCAAAACUUCUGGAAGCCCAUGGUACGGCCCAGACCGUGUCUUGUACUUGGGCCCACUCUCUGGCACUCCCCCAUCCUACCUCACUGGUGAAUUCCCAGGUGACUAUGGCUGGGACACUGCUGGGCUUUCCGCUGACCCAGAGACAUUUGCCAGAAACCGCGAACUUGAGGUCAUCCACUGCAGAUGGGCCAUGUUGGGAGCCUUGGGCUGCGUCUUCCCCGAACUCUUGGCCCGCAAUGGGGUCAAGUUCGGCGAGGCCGUGUGGUUCAAGGCUGGAUCCCAGAUAUUCAGUGAGGGUGGGCUUGACUACUUGGGCAACCCAAGCCUGAUCCAUGCACAGAGCAUCCUUGCCAUCUGGGCCUCCCAAGUCAUCUUGAUGGGUGCCGUUGAGGGUUACCGUAUUGCCGGUGGGCCUCUCGGCGAGGUCACUGACCCACUCUACCCAGGUGGCAGCUUUGACCCAUUGGGCCUUGCUGAUGACCCAGAGGCUUUUGCUGAAUUGAAGGUGAAGGAGAUCAAGAAUGGUAGAUUAGCCAUGUUCUCCAUGUUUGGGUUCUUUGUUCAGGCUAUUGUGACCGGAAAGGGUCCUUUGGAGAACCUCGCUGACCACCUUGCUGACCCAGUCAACAACAAUGCUUGGGCCUAUGCCACAAACUUUGUUCCCGGAAAGAAUUGUGCAAUGGCUGCCUCAACAAUGGCUCUCUCUUCUCCGUCAUUGGCAGGGCAAGCAAUAAAGCAUGCCCGAUCCACCCCCGACCUUGGAAGUGGAAGGCUCACAAUGAGGAAAGCAGUCACCAAAACUUCUGGAAGCCCAUGGUACGGCCCAGACCGUGUCUUGUACUUGGGCCCACUCUCUGGCACUCCCCCAUCCUACCUCACUGGUGAAUUCCCAGGUGACUAUGGCUGGGACACUGCUGGGCUUUCCGCUGACCCAGAGACAUUUGCCAGAAACCGCGAACUUGAGGUCAUCCACUGCAGAUGGGCCAUGUUGGGAGCCUUGGGCUGCGUCUUCCCCGAACUCUUGGCCCGCAAUGGGGUCAAGUUCGGCGAGGCCGUGUGGUUCAAGGCUGGAUCCCAGAUAUUCAGUGAGGGUGGGCUUGACUACUUGGGCAACCCAAGCCUGAUCCAUGCACAGAGCAUCCUUGCCAUCUGGGCCUCCCAAGUCAUCUUGAUGGGUGCCGUUGAGGGUUACCGUAUUGCCGGUGGGCCUCUCGGCGAGGUCACUGACCCACUCUACCCAGGUGGCAGCUUUGACCCAUUGGGCCUUGCUGAUGACCCAGAGGCUUUUGCUGAACUGAAGGUGAAGGAGAUCAAGAAUGGUAGAUUAGCCAUGUUCUCCAUGUUUGGGUUCUUUGUUCAGGCUAUUGUGACCGGAAAGGGUCCUUUGGAGAACCUCGCUGACCACCUUGCUGACCCAGUCAACAAAAAUGCUUGGGCCUAUGCCACAAACUUUGUCCCUGGAAAGUGAGCAAAAAGCAAAAGCGAGAACGUGAAAUGACUAGCGAAUUAAAAUUUUAAGUGUGGAUGAACUAUAUGUUGUUCAGUGAAAUAUAUAUUGAGGCUAUGGAGAGAAUGUGAUUUAUCUUUACAUACAUCUGUUCGGU